AUGUCUUCAACCUAUGGGAAACUCAUAGGUCCUUCGUCGCCUGCCCUGCGCAUCCCCCAGGUCUUGCUAAGCAGAGCUUCAAACUCACGAUGGACGUGCUUCAGGGCGUCUCCCAUCAACACCGCCGCGGCACUUCUCCCGCGCAUUCAGCGGCGCAACUACGCGGAUGUCAAACUCGAUUUGCCUUCUCUGGACCAGAAGUGGCGGGAGAAGUGGGAUGCAGACAGGAAUUCAUCAAGUACAGACGCCGCGACUAGCCAGGACAGCACGUAUGUCCUGCCUAUGUUUCCAUACCCGUCCGGCUCUUUACAUAUUGGCCAUGUCCGCGUUUACACCAUUGCCGACGUCCUUGCCCGCUUUCGGAAGCUUCAAGGACACCAUGCCAUACUACCCAUGGGCUGGGACUCCUUUGGCCUACCGGCAGAGAAUGCAGCCAUCGAGAGAGGCAUCAACCCCGCGUCCUGGACAAAAGACAAUAUCGUGCGCAUGAAGGAACAGGUGCAGUUGAUGAAUGGAAGCUGGGACUGGUCUCGAGAAUUGUCUACCUGCGACCCCGAGUUCUACAAACAUACCCAGAAGAUCUUCCUCCUUCUGCAUGAGAAGGGCCUCGCGUACCAGGCCGAGGCGGAGGUCAAUUAUGACCCCGUAGAUAAAACGGUACUCGCAAACGAACAGGUCGAUGCGAACGGUUGUUCGUGGCGUUCUGGGGCCAAGGUCGAGAAGCGCAGGCUGAAGCAGUGGUUCCUUCGCAUCUCGGAAUUCCGGGAAGCUCUCUUGACAGGCCUGGACAACCUCUCCAAGGACGAUGCAUGGCCGGAACGAGUUUUGGCAAUGCAGAAUAACUGGCUCGGCAAGUCGGUCGGCGCGAUGGUCAAAUUCCCCCUCCUUGUUUAUGACCAUGAAAUGCCUGCAUCAAUUGAGGUGUACACAACACGGCCUGACACCCUCUUUGGAGUCCAAUACAUCGCUCUGGCAGCAACCCACCCCAGUGUCGUCAGUCUAGCCAAGAAAGACCCUGAGCUCCAAGCCUUCCUUGACACGCUACCCGGACUACCACCAGACAGCAAGGUGGGCUAUCUGAUCCCUCAUCUGCGCGCAAUCAAUCCGCUUGCAUACCACGACGAGAGCCCAGACGCCACCAAACAAUCGCUGCCCGUCUAUGUUGCGCCAUAUGUACUGGGAGACUAUGGAGAAGGGGCCGUCAUGGGUGUUCCGGGGCAUGAUCUUCGUGAUCAUGCUUUCUGGAAGGAGCAUCAUUAUGACCAACCUAUUCGAGUCGUCCUAGCUGCUUCGGAAGACGAGUCAACAACUGCCAUGCUCAACGAGCCUUUCGUGGACCACGGCGUCAUGACAGAGCACAGCGGGCCCUUCAAGGGCAAGUCGUCCAAAGAGGCGGGGCAGAUGCUUGUGAAAAUGCUGGAAGCGGCCGAGCUGGCGAAGCCUGUUGAAAAGUGGCGGUUAAGAGACUGGCUGAUUAGCCGUCAGCGAUACUGGGGGACCCCAAUUCCGAUUGUCCACUGCGACUCCUGCGGGCCUGUGCCAGUCCCAGACGAUCAGCUGCCAGUCGAACUGCCAGAGGUCGAGGGUCACUGGGCUGAGCGUAAAGCUGGCAACCCCCUCGAGACAGCGUACGACUGGGUCAAUACGAGCUGUCCUAAGUGUGGUGGCGCUGCAAAGCGCGAUACAGAUACCAUGGACACUUUUGUUGAUUCAAGCUGGUACUACAUGCGUUUCAUUGAUCCGCAUAACGAGGCCGUUCCGUUCUCUGUCGACAAGGCCAAGUCUUUGCUCCCGGUCGAUCUGUACAUUGGCGGAAUCGAGCAUGCUAUUCUCCAUCUGCUCUAUGCUCGUUUCGUAUACAAAGCCCUCAUGUCGUCUUCCCUGAUGGAGGGUGCAAGUAUCGACUCAAGCAUCCAAGAGCCAUUCAAGAGACUCAUCACUCAGGGAAUGGUGCACGGAAAGACUUACAUUAACCCAUCGAAUGGUGGCUUUCUGAAGCCUGACGAAGUCGACCUGUCUGACCCAUCGAAUCCAAAGGUGGUGGCUACCGGAGAGGCGGCCGCAGUCACCUACGAGAAGAUGUCCAAGUCCAAGCACAAUGGCGUCGACCCGACGGCGUUCAUCGGCAAGUACGGAGCGGACGCCACGAGAGCUCAUAUGCUCUUUCAGGCACCAGUGAACGAUGUCGUGCUUUGGGACGAGGAAAAGAUCUCUGGAGUCACAAGGUGGCUUGGUCGCAUUCAUGAUAUGGUUGUGGCCAACAAGACAGCACCCCAGGAAUCGUUUGAUUCGCAGGCGUACUUUGAGGGCCAGGCGAAGCUGAUCGAUACCAUGGAUGAGAAACAGCUUGCGCAAUGGGAUGCCGACUCGUCGGUGUGGCGGGAUGUACAAAAAACCGUUGAAUCGGUUACGGAGUCGUACGAGCGGGUGUAUUCGCUGAACACCGUCGUCUCUGACCUGAUGAGCCUGACCAACUCUCUUGCGAACAAUGAGCUUGCGAGCCAAGCGGUACGCACCGAGGCUUUCUCAAUCCUUCUCCGUCUGCUAGCUCCCAUUACCCCGGCGUUCUGCGAGGAGUGCUGGAGUAUCCUUUACCCUUCGACAAAGUCGCUUUUCCAGGCAGCAUCGUUCCCUACCGUUGACGGGACGUUGCCGUUGCUGCAAUCAAGAUCGCAGACAUGUGCCGUCCAGGUCAACGGGAAACUGCGGUUCGCCGUGGACAUCCCGCGCGCUCCUCCUAAGCUCACGGGCGACGGCCUGAAGGAGUGGGUUGUCAAGGAGAUUUUGAAGACGGAGGAGGGCCAGGCCAAGUUGACUGGCUCCGCGGGCGUGGGAGAUGUCAACGCGGCCAAGAAGACGAUUGUCGUCAGGGGCGGCAAACUUUGUGUUUACACAGACCUCAUGCCGAGGAUCAGCCCAAGCCUGGUCAGAAAGGCAUACAGCAUCUCGCCGCACGCGGCCGCGCUCCUCCCAGUCUGUAGAGACCUGCCCUCGGCCUUGAACGAGCUGAGAUGGAUCCGCGACCACGCUCGCGCUGAGCCACGGGGUCCUGCACUCUUCGAACAGAGAGUUGCAGCACUCUGUCGGGAGAGGGGCAGAGGUGUGCCGCUACAGUAUAUCCUCGGCACGCAGCCCUUUGGCGACCUCGAGAUCAAAUGCAGGCCGGGUGUGCUCAUACCAAGGCCGGAGCCAGAGGCCUAUACCACUCAAUUGGCGGGCUUGAUCAAGAGCGGCCUGCUCUCGGAUAGGGCCGGAGCUCAGCCUGGCAAGCUCGACAUCCUGGACUUCUGCACGGGCACAGGAUGCAUACCGUUGCUACUCUACUCCAUGCUUCAAGGGUCCUUUGAGGAGCUACACAUAGCAGGCGUAGACAUCUCUCCACGGGCUGUCUCUCUCGCAAAGGAGAACAUCCGGUACAACGUGCAGGCAGGGUCAUUGGAGGACCAGACUCCACCGAGCAAGACCUUGACCUUCUCUCUUGCAGACAUGUUCUCCUCGGACUGGGACGAUGUCUCGGCCCAUCAGAGGCGGUGGGACGUCAUCACCUGCAACCCCCCUUACAUCUCCCGCGACGGCUUCGCCCGCGACACCGCCCGGUCCGUCCGGAAUUUCGAGCCGAAGCUCGCGCAGGUGCCGGUGCCGCGGGGAGGCUACGAGUACUGCCGGCCAGAAGACGUCUUUUACGCUCGCCUACUGGAAAUCGGGGCGGUGGCACGGCCGCGGGCGAUGCUGUGCGAGGUCGGGGACAUGGAUCAGGCACGCAGGGUGGUAGAACUUGCGUUGGGACGCCACGGGGGUGUCUACAGAGAUGCUGCGAUUGAGAUCUGGAGGGACUGGCCUGACAUGCCUCCGGAGAUUGGGGAGGGUCUCUCUGAAGAGGUGAGGGGUGUGAAUGUGCCUGUUCGAGGCCGUGGACAUGGGCGGGCGGUGUUUAUUCUACGGGACCGACGAGAGACAUUGUAG